UCCCGCAAGCGGCUCCCCCAUGAACAGAGCGAGGUUGAGUGACAACCAACGAAACGACCUAGAAGUGCCGCCUUUUCUACGCCCAAGGGAAUUUCUUUCGAUACUAUCCGUUCUCAAUUCCUCACUGCACCAAUCAAUAUACGUUUAGAGUUCCUAUCCUGGCUAUUCGAAGGAGCAUUAUCGCACUGCACAUUCAAUGAAGCCAAGGUCACUGGAAGUUCAUUUGGGACGUGUCAAAAGAGGGGCAAAGAGUCGAGCCGAUCCUGCUGCCUAACUCUAUUAGAAAAAGAGCAAGGGACUUCGAAUAAUAUGGAAUACAGCCGUGUGCCUAAUGAAAAGGCAUCUAGGAAAGGAACACCGUGGUCAACUAAUGAAGUGAAUCUCUUGGUUGAGUUAAGAAGAGAUCGAAAGCUACCUUGGUCUGAGGUGACAAAGUUGUUCUCGGAUCGAUAUCCAGGAAGAAGCAAAGGUUCUAUUCAAGUAUAUUGGAGCACCAAGGUCAAGAGAGACUGACUACUAAAGAUAAACUUGACUCUUUCUGUACUUCGCCCUGUUUCAGGGUUGAAUAUCCUAACGCGCGAGCUCUUGACAACGCUUGUUCAAACUCCGCUUUGUUAAUCUUUGUCCAUUCAAUGCGUAACGAGACCGAUACUGGCGGUAGCACGGGC